AUGUCCUACGUCUACCGCAACGCGUACCUCACCGGCCUGUGGAGGGUUUUGCUGCUCCUCAACAUGUGCUGGUACAUACCGGGGCGAGGGAGACGGCAGCGGCGAGCUAGACGGCGUCCAUCAGCGGGUGCCCCGUGGGUUCUCGACAGCCAGCUUAUACCAAAGCCCUACGCCGUGGUGGUCGACGCCGCGUGCUCACUGGCCGGCCCUUCUCCCACGGGUUCGGUGCAUGGCGGGUUUGUCGACCUCUCCUGUGCGCCGAUCCCCGUCCGCCCGCUUGAGGACGGCAGCCUCCUUGCCGGCCCCACGGUCCUGCGUUGGUACCCCGACGGGAGAUGCGCGCUGCAGGAGCACGGAGGGUACUAUUUCAUUCCCAUGGUCUGCCACGAGAAGCGGCGAGUGAGGAUCAUCUGA